AUGGCUCCUGAGAUCAAAUUAUCAUCUCUACCAGAAUCCACUGCUGGUGAUGAAGACAUAGUGAUGGAAGAUGGGGAGACUGUGUCACAAGGAUCAGAAACCUAUUGGAAUGAUCCCAGUCCAUCCAUCCACACCUCAACAUACUCUGCAUUGAGCUCCACAUCCAGAUCAAGCAUCAUGGGCAGGUACCCAAGCCAUGAGGUGAAAUCAAAGAAUGAGACAAAGGAAGAUCUAGGAUGGGCAACCUGCUGUAUAAAACCUGAGCAAUAUGAGGUUAUCAAGGAGCUCAGCAAAUUUGUAUACAAACUAUCAGAAAGCAAAGAGGGUGUGAAGGUGGUAGUCAGUGAAUGGCUUGGGUUGGUAAUCAACAUGGAAGAGUACAACAAUGGUAAUGCAUUCAAGCCAAGGUACAUGAAGUUAGCAGACUUCAAGACCAUUGUACUCAAUCUGAACAGCCAGCAAUUGAAAUGGAAUGAACUCAUAUGGAUGGACUGUAUAAUUGGAGGUAUUGACUACAUGAUUGAUUUCCAGUGCAACAGACACCCAUAUGGCCUCAAUGAGAUCAAACUGCACACAUGUGAAAAUCACUUUGCCUCUGGUGGGAGAUGGACUUUCCCCUCACUAGACCUUGACGAGGUCCAGAGGCUUGGUGUGGUGGCUGCCCCACUGCCUAAGAAUGAAACUAGUCCACCCCCUCCAUCUGAAGGAUGGGUGUCAAGCUUCCCUGAGCUGACACUAAAAACAAUCAGUGAAAACUUAGAGUCAGCAGUACCCUUGUCAGGGUCUGUGUUAUUGACCAGGAGGUCUUUAGUCAGUCAGGCCCCUUCGACACCUUGAGUGCAACGCUGUUUCCCUAGCAUGGGUAGCCCAACCUGACAUCACCAGAGUUGACAACUGGUACUCACUUAUGAGUUUUCCUCCUACCUAAACAAAAAA